AUGAUUCCAACAAUUCGUCCCACCUCUCAUCCCAUCUCCACCUCUCCUCCUCCUCUGCUUGCCGCUCCACGUCAGCUUGGGCGGACAACAGCCAUGACCCUGCCCUCGUCUCCUCCCAUUCUUCCCACGGCCAUGGAAAUUGACCCACCGUCAUCGCCGCCGCUUCCGGCGCUCGCUGUCCCGCCCAGUCGGAAGCGCCAGUUCGAGUUUGACCUUUCCAGCGAUCCCGUCUUCUCCGAGGGCACGACCGACUCGGAGGAUGGGUGCGACCGGCCACGGAGGAAGCGCAUGGUGCGGGGUCCGUGGUGGAGUAUGGGCAAAAGGCCUCAACGGGAUGGCUCCGUGCUCAACGAGAACAGUAGAAACGUUGACAGCGGGGUGUGGAUGGGCAGUGACGAGAGCGAUGUGAGUUCUGCAAGUCUACUCUCCAAUCAGAGACGACUGCAGGCGUUGCGGGUAACUCCAACACCACGCGUGGUUGCAAAGGUCGGUGCGAUCAAGGCGACAACUACGUCCAUGAGCAGAGCUCGCCAGGUUGAGCAGGUCGCGGACAACAUUAUCAACAAUUGCGUGGAGGAAGGCAACGAAUCGGUGGACCUAUCACAGCUGGACCUAAAGACGCUGUCAUCGGAGACGCUUCGCCCACUUCAACAGCUCAUUCGGCAUGCGCAACUGAGCAUGAUGGAGCCGCCUUCAGAGGAUCAAUUCACUGCCUUGACGCCCGAGCUGAAAUUGUUCCUGGCUGGCAAUCAACUGACGAGACUGCCCUCGGAGCUGUUUCUGCUGGAGAAUAUGACGGUAUUGAGUGUGCGCAGCAACCUCCUGCCGGAGCUCCCACACUCCAUAGGGCGACUCAAGUUGCUGAAGGAGCUGAACAUUGCGGGAAACCAGAUAAAAUACCUGCCGUGGGAACUUCUAGACCUCCUUCGAAGUGCCAAGAGGGUGAGCAUUCGGCCAAACCCCUUGAUCGAGAUCGAGAGUCUGUCGACAUUGGCGAUACCUCAAAGCGAGACGACCGGAGAGGAGAACAUGAUGAGUAGUUCCCAGGAGCAGGCCGACCCGAUAAGCACGCGCUUACAUGAACGUCUGGCGCUCGGCCGCUCCCGGCACGCUGAACGUACAGCAGAAUACAGUCUCACCGGUGACGAGUCCUGCGAAGCCCGGCAAGAGCUGAUCUAUUUGGCUUCCUCCAAGGUGCGAUACUUUGACGUUGCUGGCACGCCUUGCCGAGGAUCGGGUGAAGACUUUGCGGUCGUCUUUGACGGACUACUAUCUGCUGCGUCCUCGUUACACAGACCACCUUCUCUAUUCGAAUUGGUCUUGCAGCGCGCACAAAAAGACUGCGACUUGUCGGCUCUGCCAUCUGGCUUGCCCGGGAGCGUUCUUGCCGGGCUCUGCAAAGCUGCCGAAGCGGUGGAUGUUGGCAACCAGGAAUGCACCACAUGCAAGCGCGGGUUUAUCAUUCCAAGAGCGACCUGGAUGGAGUUCUGGUUUCGAGGACCGCCAACACAAAGGGAACUCAGCUCAGACGCAGUGCUGCCGUUCUUGCGGACAGCGUGUAGUUGGGCCUGUGCAGAGCCGACAGCGGCGGGAGGCUUUCGGUGA